ACAACCAACGAUUCGCAACGUUCAUUACCUGUUGCUACGUCUACAAGAGAUUCAGCUAGAUCCAGAUCCCAGACUCCAUCAUCUAUACCAUGGCGGACGCAAGCGGCAUGCCCAACAUUAUCUCCUUCACCAAGACCUGGCACUCGGAGCCUUACGAGUUCAUCUCCCCCACCCGCCCCGAGCUCUCCGCCGCUGGCAAGAAUGUCUUGGUCACGGGCGGCGGCACUGGCAUCGGCAACGCCAUCGCUGCCGCCUUUGCCAAAGCCGGCGCCAAAUCGGUAUCCAUCCUCGGCCGCCGUGAGGGCAAGCUCAAGGCCGGCGCGGCCAACAUCUCGGCAGCCGCAUCACGGGGUACUACCAAAGUUUUGUACGAAGCGACAGACCUCCUGGACCUCAGCCGGACCAAGGCUGCGUUCCAGGCCAUCGUCAACAAGGUUGGCAAACUCGACGUGCUUGUCGCAAAUGCCGGAGGGCUCCCUGUUCCGGGCCCAAUUGCAGGCUACGACGGCGAAAAGUUCGUCCGCGGCGUCACAGAGGGUGUCCUGAGCCUCUUCAACGCCUUCCAGGCUUUUAGGGAGCAUGCCGGCCCCGAGCCGAUCCUCCUCCACACGUCCAGCUGCAUGGCCAACAUUGCCCCGACUCCUGCCAUGGGCGGCUACUCGGUCAGCAAGGCGGCGGCUCUCAAGCUAGCCGACUUCAUCGCGGCCGAGAACCCGGAUAUUCAUGUCGUCAAUGUGCAGCCGGGAUGGGUAGCUACCGACCUGAACGGACACCAGAAGGAGGCGACCGACACCGUUGAUCUGCCCGGACACUUCUACGUCUGGCUGGCGUCGGCUGAGGCCAAGUUUCUGAAGGGAAAGUUUGUCUGGUCCAACUGGGAUGCUAAAGAGCUGCUGGAGAGGGCGGAGGAAAUCGAGAACUCGACGCUCCUCAGCUGGGUCGUGGAUGGGGCUCCGAUGUAGGCGGCUUAGAUGGUUGGAUGUUCGUGAUGGCUGGCGAGUGGAUGCGUGGGGGACAAGAACUCUUAUAGAAAAGAACACCAAGGAUGGUAGAUGGGUGGAGGGGUCAUGAGAGUGAGAGAAUCGAAGAUAGACGAGAGAAAGAAGGGCCUUUAUUUUUGCCCGUUGCCUGCAAGAGGGAGCCUAUUCUAGUAUAAUGGUGGCUGUUGACAUUCGCAUUAUUGAGUUAUGUCAACGGUCUUGGGAGAGUCCUAGAAGCGGCAAGCAGCCUUGAUUAGAUGCACAGACCCAACGAUUGAAUGCACACAACGAUUGUUGAUGAUCCUGUGUAACGGUCCCAGGAGUAUAUUGCAACUAGCUGGUGACGACUCUACGAGUUUG